AUGUACAUAAAGCAGAUCUCCAUUCUAGGUUUUGCGAACCAUAAAGGUGUUGUUUUUCGAGACCUUAGCCGAAAAGCUAACUACAUCGGUACAAUGAUAAACAUGCUGCGUGGAAAUGUCGAAGAGUUUGAAAGCCACAAGGAAAACUUUAUGCAAAUCACCAUCAACCACAUUGAGGUGGAGAAGCAGGUAAAGGCCACUGAAAGUCUAUUAGCAGCUAAGCAGAAUAUUGUAGAGACUAUACGAGCCAGCUUGCGGGAUAAUGAAGUCUAUGUCAAACAAACUGUAGAGACUUAUACAAGACAUUUUUAUGACAAGACUUUGAAACAGAAGCAGCAAGAUGUCGAUAACCAGGAGCUUGAGUCUGUGAAAGCACAAGAUCAGGCUAUAGAGAUGUAUGUGAAUGGGGAAGUCAGUGAACUUGAGAAAGAAUUGGAAGAACUAGAGCAUUUAUUGCAGGAAGAAGAGAAUUGUAGAGCUGAAAUCACGAAACUUGAGAAAGAUACCAGGGAGGCAACAGAUAGCUUAUAUGAUGGUACUCCUAAGGGAAUACGGGAAGGAGUGGAGGGUGUUGAAAGAAUAUGCAAAGAGUCCAACAUUAGUGGGCUUAUUGGUCCUAUCUACAAGUUAAUUGACUGCGAAGAAAAAUAUUUUACUGCUGUUGAAGUGAUUGCUGGGAAAAGCUUAUUCCAUGUGGCAGUGGACAAUACUGAGACUGCGAAGACGAUAGCCAAACAUUUGAAUGAAGCCAAAGCUGGAAGAGUCACAUUAAGGCUGUUGGAUCAGGCUCGCACAACUUGUAAUGUCGAUGAUAGAGAACGUGAAGCAUCGCACAUGACUCCCCUUUUAAAACUUCUAAAGUGUUCCCCCCUUCACGAGAAGGCACUUUCUCCGAUAUUUGGUAAUGCCAUGUAUUUAGAAGAUCUACGUGAAAUUACGAUGCAUGGUUAUGACUAUGUUACACCCAAAGGCUUUCAAUUUAGCAAAGGAAUUAUGAGGGGUGGAUUUUACGAUCAAAACCGGUUAAAGCUAAAAUUUGCGAAAAUCAUCAGAGAAAACGGAAAUUUAUGCUCUGAAAAGGGAGAAUGCCUCAAAGACAUCAACAAUAGAAUUGUACAAGUACUUGAAAGAGAAAGAGAUAAAUUGGUAGGAUAUUUAGAAACGUACAAGAAAGAAAUUGCAGAGUUGCGUAAAUCAAUUGAUUCGGAAAGGUACACUGGAAAGGAAGAAGAGGAAUUAAAGGGUCGGCUUAUCAAUUCCAAGAAGAGACGAAAAAUAUUCAAUACACCAGAAAACUUAAUAGCAGACUCUAAGAAACAAAUAGAGGAUCUUGAACGCUAUGCUACUGUAACCAGAGCUAUGUUAUCAGAAGUGGACAAAGAGAAGGAUCUUUGUAUGCAAAAGAUCUCCACAACUGUGAAUAAUUGUUUUGGAGAUGUGAUUUCUAAACUUGUCCCAGGCUCUUCUGGGAGGUUGACAAUGAUAAAGGAGGAGGACCGAGGUCCUGCUGAUAAUACAGAGGCGGGUCCCACAAAUUGCAUAGGUGUGAAAAUGGAGGUUUCCUUCCCUGGACAAGGGGAGACACAGUCCACAGUUGAGAAAACCAUAGCUGGAGUGGCUCUCAUACUUGCGAUACUUCAAUGUGAUCCUCCUCCCUUUUACCUGUUCAAUGGGAUCAUUGCUAAACUAGAAGAUACCAAGUAUCGACAUGCAGUCACAAGAAUCCUUUUUAUCGUAAUUUAA